AUAAGUCUAUCUUCUCUCUCUCUUUCACACAAAACCCGUAUAUCUUAAUAAAAAUAAAACAAUCUCUUUUAAUCCUUUUUUUUUUUCUUUUUUCCAUGGCUCACAAAAUUCACCAUUUCUCUUCCAUAUCUAAAAUUCUCCGUUUCGCUGUACAAAAUUGUGUUAUUGAAACAUUUGAUUAAAAAAGAACAUAUUGACAUUAUGGAUGAAGCUAUUGAUGAAGCUAUUGGUGAUGAGGUGAAUGGACUGGAUGCCAUUGAUGUUAGACAACUUCGAGGUAAGGAGAGUGACUAUACUUUGAGGUCUGGGAACUCCAAUAUGCUGCAAUCACAUGAAGUGGUCACACUUGGUGAGGGUGAUCACUACCAAAGUACUCCCAAUUUGUUUACAGAUACUCUCGACGGAAAGAAUCUGGACAGGAUUGGAUCUUCAGAACAUGCAAGUGCUAGUCCCCGUUGUAUGAAUGAUACUGGAGUCAUGGUUGAAGAAUUGACGCUGAGAAACUACAAUGGGAAAAACUUGGCUGUAGUUGGUACCUUGGGUAAUAAGGAAACAAUGCAGAUUACGCCAAACCAGUGGUUUUAUCAUCUAGCAGGUGGAUCUGCAUGUGCAAGCUCACAUGGGGAAGCUGCCUAUAGAGACAGAUGUAGGACAUCAUCAGGUCUCUGGGAGGAAGAGGGAGAUACAUUGUUUACCGGACUUCUGAAUCAGAAUCAGAAAACAUUAAAUGAAAGUCAUAAUCUAGACGGUGAAAAUUUGCAGAAUAAUGGUGAUAAAGCUGUUUCGAAUAGUGUAUUACCCUCUUCCGAGGGUAUCCGGACCAAGAUUUUAUCCAAGUCAGGAUUUUCUGAGUAUAUUGUGAAAAGCACAUUGAAAGGCAAAGGAGUCAUAUGCAAAACACAGUUACCCCGAAUAUCUGCUAGUGAGUCUCAAGGCCAGAUUCAUCGGCAGUGUCCUAAUGCUUCUUCCACCAUUGCAAGUGUGGAUGCAUUUGUGUCACCUUUUCAAGGUAUCUCUGAAAUGGGCUGCAGUGUUAAUCCCAAUGGCUAUCAAGAUGGAAUCGGUUUAAGAGAACGGCUGAAAGCUGGGGUAUAUAAAUUGAACAAAGAUGAAGGCUUGUAUAUCUUCAAACAAGUUGUGGCUUUGGUGGAUUUUGCUCACUCUCAAGGAAUUAUCGUACAAGACUUGCGUCCAUCUUGCUUUAAAUUAUUGCACUCAAACCAAGUUGUAUAUAUUGGAGCAUCUGUACGCACUCAGUUGACUGAAGGUGUUUCCCAGUCAGAGCAUAAUCAGAAAGAGAGAAGUUCAGCCGGGAAAACCAUUUCUUCCUUGAUCGAUCCUUGUGUAAAGAAGCAAAAACUUAGUGAAGACACGCACCUGAAGAGGAAGUGGCCUCAAUACCCCUUCAACUCAGGCCAUAAAUCUGCUGGCACAAACACUAAAUUAAAUGCUGCACAAGGGUAUGGAGAUGAUUCAAAUGAAAAGGAUUGCCUCAAGACAGAACCGAACGCCCCGAGCAAAUUUAGAAAGCCUCAACUAUCCAUUAUGUCAAAACCAUUGCUGACUUCCAUGAGCCUUAAGCUGGAGGAGAAGUGGUACACCAGUCCUGAGCAGUUCAGUGGAGGUGGCCGCACAUUUUCAUCAAACAUCUACUGCCUAGGGGUUCUUCUCUUUGAGUUGCUUAGCUCAUUUGACUGUGAAAGGUCUCAUGCUGCUGCAAUGCUGGAUCUUCGCCAUAGGAUUCUUCCCUCUUGUUUCCUAUCAGAGCAUCCCAAAGAAGCUGGAUUUUGUCUUUGGCUGCUUCAUCCAGAACCUUCAGCACGUCCAUCAACAAGGGAAAUCUUACAGUCUGAAGUUAUUGCUGGGAUUAAAGAGUUACCUGGAGAUGUAUCGCUGUCAUCUAUUCACGAAGAGGAAUCUGAGUCGGAGUUAUUAUUGGACUUCCUCAUGUCACUGAAAGAUCAAAAGCAAAAAAAUGUGACGAAGUUAGUGGAAGAACUCAAAUGUAUAGAAGCAGAUGUCCAAGAGGUUCAGAGGCGGCAAAGAAGCAAAGCCUCUUGUCCGCCUUCACACCAGGAAUUUCUUGUUUCAUGGGAGAACAGGUUUAUUCAGAAAGGAGCAUCAAGUUCAGAUGUGUAUCCGAAGCUUCCGCCUAUAUGUGAGGAUGAAACUAGAUUGAUCAAGAAUAUCAGGCAGCUUGAGAGUGCUUACUUCUCCAUGAGAUCCAAUAUUCAGCCUUCUGAUGAUGUUGCCAUGGUCCGUAGAACUGAAGAAAUUUUUAACAAUCAGGAGAACUUUGUUUUGACAGGAAACAAUAAAGAGAAGUAUAGACCCACAGAUCGGGUUGGGGAAUUUUUUGAUGGCUUCUGCAAGUAUGGUCGGUAUAGCAAGUUCAGAGUAAGGGGAAUGUUAAGAAAUGCAGAUCUGAAUAAUUCUGCAAAUGUCAUUUGUUCUCUAAGCUUUGACAGGGAUGAGGAAUAUUUAGCUGCUGGCGGGGUGUCGAAGAAAAUUAAAGUAUUUGAGUAUCAGGCCCUCUUUAAUGAUUCUGUUGACAUUCAUUACCCAAUUAUCGAGAUGCCAAACAAAUCUAAGCUCAGCUGUAUUUGCUGGAACAACUAUAUCAGGAACUAUCUAGCUGCCACUGACUAUGAUGGUGCGGUUAAGUUAUGGGAUGUGUCUACCGGUCAAGCUUUUUCGCAUUUGACUGAGCAUAAUGAAAGGGCAUGGUCUGUAGAUUUUUCUCGCGUGGAUCCCACAAAGUUAGUCAGUGGAAGUGACGAUCAUUUGGUGAAACUUUGGAGCAUCAACGAGAAGAACAGUGUGUGCACGAUCAGAAAUAAAGCAAAUGUUUGCUGUGUUCAGUUUUCCCCUGACUCCAGUCAUUUUCUGGCUUAUAGCUCUGCUGAUUACAAGACUUACUGCUAUGAUCUUCGUAAUACCUCAGUUCCUUGGUGUAUAUUAGCUGGCCAUGAGAAAGCUGUUAGUUAUGCAAAAUUUUUGGAUGCUGAAACCCUCAUUUCUGCAUCCACUGACAACAGUCUGAAGAUAUGGGAUCUCAAUAAAACCAACUCAAGUGGCUAUUCGGCCGAUUCUUGUGUCUUAACCCUGAAAGGGCACACCAACGAGAAGAAUUUUGUGGGAUUAUCUGUGAACAAUGGAUACAUAACCUGCGGGUCAGAAACAAAUGAGGUCUUUACUUAUUACAAAUCUCUGCCUAUGCCUAUUACUUCUCACCAAUUUGGCUCUAUUGAUCCAAUCUCUGGUAAAGAGACUGAUGACGACAAUGGACAAUUUGUUUCAAGCGUUUGCUGGAGACAAAAGUCAAACACUGUUCUUGCUGCCAAUUCCAGUGGCUGCAUAAAACUACUUGAGAUGGUUUAGACGUUGACCAGCUGAAGAAUUGCAUCCUUCCUCCUAAAGUUUCCUGGGAAUCUUUGAAUGGAUCGUGUUGGAAUGCAGCUGUAUGAUUAUUUGGUAAUUUCUGGGAUAUCUUCUCUUGAAGUUUAAGGUUGAACUCUGAGAAGGGAACCAUGUCUAAUACUUGUCUUGACAAUUGUGGGUUGUUUGGUUCAAAAAGUUUAUAGGAAGCUUAACAGAAACCAGCAGUAUGGCGGAGGGAGUCUUUCUUUUUUAAACUGGACCCAACAUAAUUUAACGUUCCUGAAGAUGCAAUACAGCUAUUAUUGGACCAGAUUUGUGAAGAAGAGCCAUUUCUGUGUCAUAAUUGCCUGAAUAUUGAGAUAUCCCUCAAAACGGAUGCUAGCACAGUCGUGAUGUCCUCCAAUUUUAGAAGGCUGAUGGUGGAGCUGAGUGAAUUUCAUCAUAUGAAAUUUUGUUGGUGUGUGUGAUAUUCAUUUGUACAUCUAGUUAGAUACUGCCAUUUGUAAAAGCAUGUCUUAGGAAGCAAUAUAGCUGAUGAUGAGUUGUUGUACAUGUCAUAAUUCCCUUACCCUUUACAUAGCAAUAUAUAGAGAAUUUGUACAUUGAACUGUCGAUUGUAUUUUAGUGCUUUGCCA